ACAGUUCGUCAGGCAUCGAGCAGCAGGGGCAGAGCUUCCUGCAGAUAGUUUUGUUAUUUGGGUUGCUGGCCUGUUCUUUCUGUUCCGUCGAUUUCAGUCUCAUCAUGACGUCCACCAUAGACGAAAGCAAUAAGGAAAAGAUGCGCUCUGUGUCUGUAGAUCUAAACCAUGAUGCCUCUCUUCUCAUUGACAUUCCUGAUGCACUCUGUGAAAGGGACAAAGUCAAGUUUACUGUCCAUACAAAGACCACACUUAGCUCUUUUCAGAAGCCAGACUUCUCCGUUCCCAGGCAGCAUGAAGACUUCAUCUGGCUACACGACACUCUGGUUGAGACAGAGGACUAUGCCGGCCUAAUUAUUCCUCCAGUGCCCCCAAAGCCUGACUUUGAGAGCCCAAGAGAGAAGAUGCACAAACUGGGGGAAGGUGAAGCCACUAUGACGAAGGAGGAGUACACUAAAAUGAAGCAGGAGUUGGAGGCUGAGUACCUGGCCGUGUUCAAGAAAACUGUCCAAGUGCACGAAGUCUUCCUGCAGAGAUUGUCCUCUCACCCCAUUUUAUGCAAAGACAGAAACUUCCAGAUUUUCUUAGAGUAUGACCAGGAUCUGACUGUGAGAAGAAAGAAUGCCAAGGAAAUGUUUGGUGGAUUCUUUAAAAACAUGGUGAAGUCAGCUGAUGAGGUCCUUAUCUCAGGAAUAAAGGAAGUGGAUGAUUUUUUUGAGCAGGAGAAGACAUUCUUGCUUGACUACUACAGCAAGAUAAAAGAUUCCACUGCCAAAGCAGAGAAAAUGACACGCUCGCACAAAAAUAUUGCGGAUGACUACAUCCACAUCUCUGCCACUCUGAACAGUCUCUCUGCUGAUGACAGCACAGCAAAUAAAAAGCACCUGGAGAAGAUGGCAGACCUGUUUGAGAAGCUCAGAAAAGUAGAGGGAAGAGUAGCAUCUGACCAGGAGCUGAAACUCACAGAGCUGCUCAGAUAUUACAUGAGAGACAUCCAGGCUGCCAAGGACCUUCUGUACAGGCGAGCUCGGGCAUUGGUUGACUACGAGAACUCUAACAAGGCUUUGGAUAAGGCUCGACUGAAGAGCAAGGACAUUCCCCAGGCAGAGGAGCACCAGAAGCAGUGCCUGCAGAAAUUUGACAAGCUCUCGGAGUCUGGGAAGAAAGAACUCACCAGUUUCAAGGGCAGACGCGUUGUGGCCUUCAGAAAGAACCUCAUAGAGAUGGCCGAGCUAGAGAUAAAACAUGCCAAGAACAACGUGACUCUAUUGCAGGGAUGCAUGGACCUGCUCAAGAGCAUCUGACAAGUAUUUGAGUGUUUCUGUCCUACCAUCACCAAGUGACCAGUCAUAGCAAAUGGAAACCUGUCGUCCCCGGGGCCUUGCAUGGACACGUAUCCAAGCCCUAUCUUUGCUCCCACCCACGGGUCUGAUGCCACUUUAAAACCCUGCACGAGACCGAGUGUCUUGUAAGCAGAAUGUCUUCAUGUUUACAGUCCCUGUCCUCUGGUCCGUGGUCCAUCCUUUUCCAUUAUUUAUGGAAGUCUUGGAGAAUGAUGCUGCCAACAUUAAGGUCUUCCAUUCCUUUGCAGCACUAAUAGAGGUGAAUAAUUUUUUCCUAAUUUCUUGUUUUCUAAUUGUUACACUCUGCACAUAUGCCUUUUUCCUCAUAUUCUGCCUCCAUAAAUUUAAACUCAAAGCUCUUCUCUCGUGUACACUUUUAAAUACUUUUUUUUUUUUUUUUUUUUAAGGGUUGGAGCAUAUUGUUUGCAUAGCUAUAACCUCAGUUUUAUGCUUCAUAUGAUUUUGGGGCUUUUUUGUUUGGUAAUGGAACAGUUUUACAGAAGCAAAACUAGUGCUUGGGGGGGGGAAAUAAACAUCUUGAUGAUCUGCAUUCUUGGGCUCUGAGAUUAGAGUAGUACCAAACCAACCCUAAGAAAAACUCAUGACUGACUUAUGAGACGAGACCAAUCCGCCAACAUCAAGUGUUCUAAAAUAGCUGUACUUCACCUCAGGAAUGGACAGUUGCAUCAGUCCCAACAUUCUUGUUUAUAAGACGUGGCCUCAGCUGCCACAGUUAUGAAAGAUGCACAUUUGUUUUGCAAAUAUUGAUGAAUCAGAAGAUUUCAGCUUGAGAUUGGUGAGAAAAACAAGUCAAACGGUAGGCUAACCGAGCAUCUAGCAUUUUUAUCAAUGCAAAAUCAACCUUAGUAAUGACUCUGAAUCUGCAUUUAGCUGUAAUUUACCCAAUUCAUGCGUAAUACCCCUCCACUUCAUGUACCAUGUCUUCAGCUGCUCCCAACCAACUCUACCCAUUCAUUUUCUGUGCGUAAUUAUUGUUGUUUUUCUUUAUUUUGCUCUAAAUUCCCCUUUUGUUAUUAAUGGGGUCUCAUGAAUCAGGCCUGAUAUAUUUACCAGAUCCUCGACACAUUUUGUUUAUUUAAAGAAUUUAUAGAAAGAUGCACUAAGAAAAUAAAAGGAAAACACUCUGCAAUCAUGACCAGGCUCAGUGGAGUGUUAAAAUGCAUUAUAGUUUUUUAAGAAAUUGAAUGUAUUUCUAAUGGAUUCCAACUGUGUGAAUUCCUUUACAUUGUGUUUUCUUACAGAACAUUAGCCUUUUUUAUACAUUUGUAACUGGCAUUGAAUAAAUCCUACUUUCCCAAGA